AUGGUAGAUAAAGAGGUUUGGUUGUCGUGGCAGACACUAGGGGAUAUUUCCACUAUGGUAGACGUUUGGAGUGUUGUUGGGAAAGCUGGAGAGACACUUGAAAUGGUGUUCAUGGCGAUAAUUGUUCGUUAUGGCAAAGCUAUAGAAGUACUGAUUGUGGUUCUAAGGAUUGGCAAACACAGGGGUUGUUGCUCAUGGCUUGGAGUGGUCGUGUUAUGGGGAGGAUCUAUGGACCAUAAUUUUGUCCGGUGGCAUGUACCUUUCCCCACUACCUCGGUUCCUGCCGGUAUUCUUCGGUUAAUGGGAUCACUUUGCAGUUACCCCUUUCAACGUUCUGAUCUCGACGGUGUAUAUCCAUUAGAAGGAAACACAUCAAGAGAUCGGAAUUUCUCAGUUAGCCUAAUGCCCCGCGCUAUGGCCCCAAGAACACUACAGUAUAUGGCCAGCAAUGCAAUGGCCAAGCUCAACUCCCGUCGUAGAAUCCCGUGUUCUUUGCGGGAGCUUCUUUCCGCGCUCUGGCUCCUGACGCCUUCCUUUCACCCCCAAACCUCCUUGCAGAUGCGCGCGUUGGUGCUGGCGGUGCUGGUGGCGGCGGCGGCGGCGUACGGCCCGCCCUCCAACAACAACAACAACAACAACCCCUUCACGAGGAACAACUGCGGCUCCGGCGGGUGCGGGCAGGUCGCCUCCAGCGGCUGCUCGAGCGGCUGCUCCGGCGGCCAGCGCUUCACCAAGCAGACGUUCAGCUGCGGCGGGAGCGGCUGCGGCGGGUGCUCGGGCAGCGGCUGCGUCCAGCCGCCCCUGAGCGUGUCGGGCCAGUACUGGUGGGAGGGAGACGACUCGCCCUUCAAGGUGCCGCCCGGACACCGCGUGACUAACGUGGACUCUUCGUGCGGAGGCGCCGGCUGCACCGCCUCCGUCACCACCUGCGGGGGCUCCGGCUGCCCUCCGGCCCACUCCCAGCGGCCACAGAACCCGCAGCCGCAGCGGCCCUCGUUCAACCCGGCCCCGCCCGCCCCGCAGCCCCCGCGCACGCCGCGGCCCGUGAGCGCCACCAACCUGGUGAUGCCGCCCAUGGGCAUCUGCCCCGCCAGCUUCGUCUGCGUGCACUGGCAGCUGUGCCGCGACGGCUUCGUCAUCACGGACGGCACCGGAGCCAUCAACAAGCAGAUCAAGGAGAUCCCGGCGCAGGUAUCGUCGAGGUACCGCAGCUGCGGGCACGAACAUGGUGUGCUGCGGCGUCCCUCGUUUGGGGCCUCCUCCGGCGCAGAGCCCCACUCGCGCCCCCGUCCCGCCCCGCCGAGCUUCCAGCCCCCCGCCCCCAGGCCCCCCCCAGCCCCAGCAGCAGCCCCCCCCCAGCCCCCCGCCCCCCAGGCCCCCCCCAGCUUCCAGCAGCCGCCCGCCCCCAUCCCGACGCGGCGCCCCCAAGCGCCCGUGCCGUCGUCGGGAGGGUACGCGAGCCCCACCGUGCCCCAGAACCCCCUGAGGCCGGCGCCGCAGCCGCCCGCACGCCCUCCGAGGCCCAACGCCAACAACGGCUUCAACUCGCAGCCCACCGUCGUCAACCAGGCCGGCCCCGUCCCGCCCGCGCAGACCAGCAACGCCCGCCCCCGCCCGCAGCCGCCCCGCCAGCGCCCACCGCAGCCCAACGUGCCCAUCAGCAACCCCAUCGGCCUGGUGUCUCCGCCCAGCCCUCAGCCCAUGGGCAUGAUGGGAGGCAUGAUGGGCGGCAUGAUGCCCAUGGUGGGCGGCACGUGCAGCGCCGGCACCUACUGCGUCGCCCCCAACCAGUGCAACCCCUACACGGCUUCAUUCAUCACGGACCCCACGCAGCUGAUGGCGGUGUGGCCGGACGCGCCACGGUGCCGCUCCUGCCCUGCUUCGUGCCCGGCGCUGGACAAAUCCAAGAUGGCGUCUGUUGUCAACAAGCCCACCCUCGCGCCGGUGGUCUAGAUUAAGCCCCGCCCUCUGUCCUGUUACCACUCCCCCUGUCCAGCUGCCACGCCCUCGAACGCCCAAGAAGGAUAUGCGAUUAUUCCUAAUGUUUUAGUUAUCUGUGUUUUGUGACUUUUUUUUGUGUUUUUAUUUAUUAAAUUUGGUUUGUUCCCUCUCCGAUAUUUUGCGUGGCAAGAAUUGCAAUAGAAGAGAAAAAUUGACAGAUUUCUUUUCUUUUUUCUUUUUUACUCAUUCUGGUUCGUACUUUUUUUUAAUUCUUGUAUUAAUUUUUUAUAUAUUUUUUUUUCAUCUUACAUAUGUGGCAUUUUUAUCAAUAAUUUGAUUUAAUUUAUGAAUAGAAGAAAAUAUAUACACCAAACGUUCAUUUGACUAGAAAUCAAGAGAAAGUGAUAGAAAAUAAUAAGAAAUUUACUGAUAAGCAUAAAUAACAUGUGAUUGGAAAUUGAAUAAUUCUCGAUCAAAUGAAUAAUCAAUAAGAUGUAAAUUGACAAAUAUAUAAGUAAAAAAAUCAAAUACGAUAUGAAAUAGUUAUAUAUUAUCUUCAAAAAAAUUAUUUAACUUUUUUUAUGUCUUCAGAAUAAUGUUGUGUAUUUUUCCUUCUGAUAGAACUUAAUAAACGACAAUAAAUUCGGGCAUUUUAGUCUUGUAGAUUUAGGAGAAAAAAAAAUUAUAGUCUCUUAGUGGAAAACUUUUCAUUAUAUUUUUCUCUGCGUUUCCUUUAUAAAUUUACAGACCUUCGGGGGAAAAUAUUUUUCUCAUAGAUAUCUCUCCCUAAAAAUAUAUAUAAUUUCAUAAGAGGGGUCAAGUCUAGGUAUAAAAAAAAAAUAUCUUUUAGAUUUAGACAGAAAGAAUUUGUUUCAAAAUCAACGUUGAUUGCAGAUAUUUUUUUUCGAGAAUCUGUUAGUCUUAAGGAAUACGAUUGUGUAUGUAUAUAUAAUCUUAAACUAUAUAGAAUCUAUUUUAUUACUAUCAAAUUUUGAAGCAUUGGUCAAGGAUAUAUUACCCGCUUUUCAAUGUUAUUAUCAAAACAUCCUCAGUUUCAACAAUUUUUUUUCCCGCGAAAUAAAACUCUAUUCCACCAUAUUAUUUAUGAUUAUUUUUCUUCAGGUGAACAAAUAAACAGUCUGUAUGGUU